AAAGCACAUGCGCAUUAGUAUUUUUAUCCCGCAUGCACAAUUCAAUCCACAGCACGUCAUCGCAGUGGGCGGGGCUUCUUCAUGAUUGACAUCUUUUAGAAACGUCACUUUCAUUGUCUCUCAUAGCCUAGAACACGCCCCCCUAGGGGCGUGAAUUACCCAAACCUACCAAAUAAAAAACGCUUUGACGUAAAAAGCUGGACAAGAAAGAGGGCGGGGCUAUCAUGACUGACAGUCCAUGUCACCAAUACAACAGCUUGAUUCUUUUCCGUGAGCCAAUGCCGUUCUGCAGUUGAGGCGGAGGGGCGGAACAUCUGAGACUGACAGCUCUGCCGGCCAAUGAGGAAUCCGGAUGUUUUACUCCGCACCAAUGGCUGUGCACGGUUGAGGCUGCGGGAGGUGCUGCGGUCCGUGGCGAGGUUGAGGUUGGCCGGUUGCGUGCGCGGCUUUGAGGAGGUUUUUUUUUUUUUUUUUUUUUGCGGGAGAAUAAUAACAAUAUUAAUAAUAAAUAUAAUAAUAAUCCGUGGUGCCGGGAGCGGGGACCGGACGACACGGGGCGCCGCUGCGCGGGCUCUUCCCCUUCCUCCAUCUUGAAUAGGGGUCGUCGUUGCGUAUUCCCCCUCCUCCACCUUCCCCGGGCGUCUAGGCCUCUUGCCGGGCUGAGGAUCCCGCCUAGACUGCGGCCUUCCGGGGGGGUGUCGGGAGCCGUACCCGUGCCUCAGCUCACACCGGGGCCCCCGGCCUGACAGACAGCGGACCUCCGGUGCCAGAUUGUAGACCAGGGGGACUAAUGAUCUCGUCUCAAUCAAUGUGUCUGCACUGGAUGUUCCCCCAGUAAACCCAGAGCUCUGUGUCUUGGAAAGUGAUUGAAGGCAGCGAGCGUCCCCGCAAACCGCGUCCUCCCUGUCUGUCCGUGCAGGUUUUUUUUUUCCUUUCUUUUUUUUUAUUUUUAUUUUUUUACGUGAGUUGAAACUGCACCAUUAUGUCCUCCAUAUUGCCCUUUACGCCUCCCGUCGUGAAACGUCUCCUCGGGUGGAAGAAGUCGGCGAGCGGGACCACAGGCGCCGGCGGUGGGGAGCAGAAUGGCCAGGAAGAGAAAUGGUGCGAAAAAGCGGUGAAGAGCUUGGUGAAAAAGCUCAAGAAGACAGGACAACUGGACGAACUGGAGAAGGCCAUCACGACACAGAACUGCAACACGAAAUGCGUCACAAUCCCAAGCACUUGCUCUGAAAUUUGGGGACUGAGUACACCAAAUACCAUAGAUCAGUGGGAUACCACAGCCCUUUACAGCUUCUCUGAACAAACCAGGUCUCUAGAUGGCCGCCUUCAAGUGUCUCACCGCAAAGGGUUACCACAUGUUAUUUACUGUCGUCUCUGGCGCUGGCCAGAUCUCCAUAGUCAUCAUGAACUGAAGGCCAUCGAAAAUUGUGAAUAUGCUUUUAAUCUUAAGAAAGACGAAGUUUGUGUCAACCCUUAUCACUAUCAGAGGGUGGAGACUCCAGUCUUACCGCCUGUACUGGUCCCACGGCACACAGAGAUAUUAACAGAACUUCCUCCGCUCGAUGACUACACGCAUUCCAUUCCGGAGAACACUAACUUUCCAGCAGGAAUCGAACCCCAGAGCAACUAUAUACCUGAAACUCCACCUCCGGGAUACAUUAGUGAAGAUGGCGAAACUAGCGAUCAGCAACUUAACCAAAGCAUGGACACAGGUUCUCCAGCCGAACUUUCUCCUAGUACACUUUCUCCAGUCAAUCAUAAUCUGGAUUUGCAACCAGUCACUUACUCUGAGCCAGCUUUCUGGUGCUCCAUAGCUUAUUAUGAGCUGAACCAACGAGUGGGGGAAACGUUUCAUGCAUCACAACCUUCACUUACAGUCGACGGCUUUACAGACCCGUCAAAUUCUGAAAGAUUCUGUCUAGGUUUACUGUCCAACGUAAACCGGAACGCCACGGUGGAAAUGACUCGGCGCCAUAUAGGAAGAGGAGUGCGGUUGUAUUACAUCGGGGGAGAAGUAUUCGCAGAGUGCCUAAGUGAUAGUGCUAUAUUUGUCCAGAGUCCUAAUUGUAACCAGAGGUAUGGGUGGCAUCCAGCAACAGUGUGUAAGAUUCCACCAGGCUGCAACCUGAAGAUUUUCAAUAACCAAGAAUUUGCUGCCCUCCUUGCCCAGUCUGUGAACCAGGGCUUUGAAGCAGUUUACCAGUUAACUAGAAUGUGCACCAUCAGAAUGAGCUUUGUAAAGGGCUGGGGCGCUGAGUACAGGCGGCAGACGGUCACAAGCACUCCCUGUUGGAUUGAGCUUCACCUGAAUGGACCUUUGCAAUGGUUGGACAAAGUGUUGACACAGAUGGGUUCUCCUUCAGUCCGUUGCUCCAGCAUGUCCUAAUGAGGACCUCCCUCCGAUUAUUUUUUUAUUUUUUUUCCUCUUUUUCCAUACAACCUAUGGGUUUUUAACCCUCAAAGUCCUGACAACAGACUUUUACAAUACAGCCAGUCUGUCAUAGUAUUUUGUGUAUGGUCCCCAUGAACUGUUUACCAUCAAAUAAAGAGAAAAUACCAAGAAGCAGCACUUGAGGUCCCAUCGGCUUUGAAAGCACCUUGUUUUCUGAUCAUCCCCUAGAAGAAAGUGCAGUGUGGAGUCACUCCUUUGUUGGGAAGCUAUAUUUUAAAAAAGGACUUUUAAUGUAUUAAUGGGCAUAUUUCGGAAGUGUCCGAAAGGUUUAACAAUAACAUGAGUAGCCUCCCCUCCCCCCCGCAUAUUUGUCAUGUAUAGUUAAUCUGUUUUGCUGUUAUACAUUUUUAGAUCCCAGAUAGGGUUUGUCUGCUUUCCCAUUUUAGUUACUCCUCCCCCCCCCCCCC